GUCAGUCUGCCGGAGCGACGCGGUUCGUACGCAUCGCACCGUACGCGAAGCGUGCACGCACGCAUGCACGCGAGGGAUCAUCUUCGAGCGAUCAUCUUCUUUCCCUUUGCUGCCUUAUCGAUCGAGGGGGUGGACAACCGUGCGUUGAAAUCACCUCACACGGGGGAGGGGGGGUAGGAGAGGAUCUUCUUCGCACCGCAGGUGACGUUCGCGGUGACGGCGUGAAAUCUGGGAUUUCACACGCGUCGAACGGACGGCACGCGAGCUCCGCUUUCGCAGGAGAUAAGCAGUCCGGGAUACGUUGCCCUCUGCGUUACCUAUCUACCUGUGUACUGUCUUUUUUUUCUUUUACGACUGCCACGGGGAAAGGGCGGUCUUUCUCUUCUUCCUCCUCAUACCGGUGUCGUGCGUGCAACACCUGGCGGUGGCACUGAGCGGCACUCGUCGAGGACGAUUAUUAUGCGAUCGGCUGCGGCCGUCCUGGCCGCGGCGACGGCGCUCGUUCUGUUCCUGGACGGCGCGCUCGCCCGGCACAAGCAUCGCUCCGGGAAUGGCGCGCAAAAGUCCGAUAUAUCUCUUUGGAUCGACCAGCAACAAACCAAGAUAUUCAGCGGACUAGCAAUGGAAAUAUACGCGAUCGCGGAAGGUAGAGUGCUCAGUCCUCUGUUGGAUCCAGAAUUUGAGAGUAAAUUGCCGAUAAUUCCGAGCGAGGUAUCGCAUGUAAACUUUACAUGGAAGGCUGGAACUAAAAAGUAUUUUUACAAUUUUUUUCGCUUGAAAUCGUUUGACGAGAGCAUCUUGAAAACUCCAUCAAUUACGAUUGAAACGCACGGACGGGUGCCCAAGAGACCGAAAGUGUUCAGUAUUUUGCUACCUUGCGCCGGCAAGGGUAUAGCGCAAUUCGGGAUCGGUCUAAUGAUCGAGUCGCGCAACGGGAUACCUCUGAACGGGACGCCGCUACGUUUCCGUUUGAGAAAAGAAUGCAGCGUGCGCGGUGAGUGCGUCAAUCGCGCCCACGAUCACCACCUCUUCGCUCGCACAUACAAGCCCAAUCCUGGUCCUUGUCCGGACGGUUAUCUAGGACCACCUCAUUGUAACAAAGCGCUUUGUUAUCCAAAGUGUAUGAAUGGUGGUAACUGCACGGCACCGGGUGUAUGCUCAUGCCCGCCAGGAUAUCAAGGACCCUAUUGUGAAGGAGGUAUCUGCAGAGAGAAAUGCUUAAAUGGAGGAAAGUGCGUGCAAAAGGAUGUCUGCGAAUGUACAAAAGGUUAUUUUGGUUUACACUGCGAGUUCUCCAAAUGUGUCAUCCCUUGUUUGAACGGAGGCAAAUGCAAGGGCAAUAAUAUUUGUAGAUGUCCAAAAGGUUUUAAAGGUAACCAUUGCGAAAUUGGCAGACGCUCGCCGCAACGAUCGACAUGUACGAGAACAUGUAGAAAUGGAACCUGCCAAUCGGACAACACAUGUCGCUGUGAUUCUGGUUGGUUUGGAAAGUUAUGUAACAAGAACAAACCAUGGGCUUAGGAAUCGAUAAAAUAUCUUGCUAUUUUUUAUACUAACUGAAUACUUUCAAGAUAAUGUCUCAUCCUAAAUCUUCAAACUUACGAUAAAUUAUAUUUAUAUUUAUGUAUUUUUAAUUACACACAUAUGAAGAAUCGCCUAUGCGUCGAUAAAGAAAGAAUCUCGUGAUAUUAAAACGAUUCAAAGAAUGAUUUAUAGAAUCUUGUUCAUUUAAAACAAUGACAAGGUACAAAUGUAUGCACAAAAAAGAAGUCUCACAAGAUUUAGAUCCCGAGCAAUUUCAAUUGGUCACUAGUGUGUGUAAAAUUAUAAUUUCUAAUUUACUUUGUUCCAGAGAUGUGAUAUAUAAAGCUGCUUUAUGCCAUAUAUAUUUUAUAUAUAACAUUAGUAUAUGUUUAGUUAUAUAAUAUCUUUGUGUAUUGUAGAUGUGUAAUUGUAAAAAAAAAAAAAAAAAAUAGGGACAAAGUGUAUUUUUGAAGCAUGUCAGAAAGUAUGAUUAUAAAAUAGUUCAGCAUUGUAAUAGUGUCUGUGAUGGACUUUUUCUUGGCAGCUACAUUGUUUUUCUCUGUGUACGUCUUAGGAUAUGUAAAUGAAAAUAAAAGUGGCUUUUUAUUAAA